CAAAUUAUGAAAAUGCUUCAGAAUUACAGAAAUUGGAUAUUUGCUCCCAAGUUCGAGAAAUGAAGCCUCUGGCUGUUCUUCGUCCUCCAGCUAUCUCUUCGCCUCCUCUGCGCUUCUCCUCCUCUAAAUCCCACCUUCGAAACCAUUCCAUUAACACCUCCUGUUCUGCUCUUCAAUCUGAAUCAAUAAUAAAGGAUGGAGUAUCUCCGAAGACCGAGUAUAAGCCGGGAAUUCUCGAUGAUUUCUUCCUCAACCUAUUUCGAAGCAAAAUGGUUCAGGAAGUGGGCUGGGAUUCUGAUAAACCAGGAUAUGGUGGACUAAUGGAAGUCGCGAAUAGGCUCACGAUGAAGGGCAAAACCAAUUCCGAUACCGUGGAAGCGUCGGUUCGAAUUUUAACAUCAUUAUUUCCUCCUCUUUUAUUGGAACUUUAUCGAAUGCUGGUAUCACCUAUAGCUGGUGGCAAAGUUGCUGCCAUUAUGGUCGCAAGGGUGACUGCGCUAACUUGUCAAUGGCUUAUGGGAACUAGUACGGUAAAUUCAAUUGAAUUACCUGAUGGAUCCUCUUGCCAAAGUGGGAUCUUUGUUGAAAAAUGUAAGUACUUGGAAGAAAGCAAAUGCAUAGGAAUUUGUAUCAACACCUGCAAGCUUCCAACUCAGAAUUUCUUCAAGGAUCAAAUGGGAGUUCCUCUAUUAAUGGAGCCGAACUUCACUGACUAUAGCUGUCAGUUCAAAUUUGGCGUUCUUCCUUCUCCGCCUGAAGAAGACAGCAUACUCAAAGAGCCUUGCUUAGAGAUAUGCCCAAACGCCACAAGAAGAAGAGAAGUUUCAGGGAAGAUGAGUGCAAUGCAGUGUCCAAAAGCAUAGACCGACCGGCCUUUGAGACUUGUUCGGGAUCGAGCUGAGUAAGCCAGGACUGCAAACCGAAUUGCCUUUGACAUCUCUGAAUUUGAAACUAGUUUGCCUUCCGCUACAGCUGAAUUCUCACAGAAGUCUCUUAAUUGCAAGAAGCUUCUGAUGCAUCCACGGUCAGGGUGGAAAUAGUUACUCAAAAAAUGCAUAUAUGAUCAAUUUCUCUUCAUAUUUCUUCCUAGGGGAGUCAUCCACAUCAAUGCUCAAGUUAUACUGAAAAAAUACUUAGAGAAUCCAAACGAUCUCAUGAGUUUGGAUUAUAAAGUUGAGAUAAUGUAUGAGUUUAUUAAUUCCAAACAAGUUGCAUGAACUUAGAUUAUAUAAAUCCAAGUUUUUUAACCUA